UACGCCNGUCUCGGUUAUGCCUCUGGUCUCGGCUACGGUGCAGGCGCUGUUGGCGUCGGUACCGCUGGAUUCGGCCUCGGUUCAGCUGGACUCGGCUACGGUGGAGUUGGACUCGGCUACGGUGGAGUUGGACUCGGCUACGGAGGAGUUGGAGUCGGAGCUGUCUCAACUGUCGCAGCACCAUCCACCGUCCACCACAGACAGGAAACAGUUGCUGUACCAGUACCCCAACCCGUGCCAGUCACCGUCACGAGAACUCAACCCGUGCCAGUACCCCAACCCGUGCCCGUCGACGUCCCUAGGCCCGUCCAGGUCCCCGUCGCUCACCCCGUACCCGUAAGCGUACCCAGGCCUUACCCAGUCACCGUCACCCGCACAUACCCCGUCCCGGUCACCCACCAAGUCCCUGUGCCUGUACCUCAACCCUACCCUGUAUCCGUUCCCCAACCCUACCCCGUUACUGUCACCAGAAGAGUGCCUUAUUCCGUACCCGUUCCUCACGUUGUUCCCGUACCUACCAAAGUGGUCCACCCCACACCUGUUGUUCACGCAGCUCCCGUUGUUCAUGCAGCUCCUGUUGUUCACGCCGCCCCAGUACUCGCCGGUGGCGUCGGAUUAGCCUCUUACGGUACUGGAUUUAACGGAGGAAGCUUGGGCUUCGGAUCGGUUGGUCAUUCCUUCGGUCAUUCCCUUGGCUCUUACGGCCUUGGAAGUUCCUACGGAUUGGGUCACGCUUGGUAGAUCUAUAAAUCAUCUGACAUCAUUUUAUCAUUGUAAAUACGCAUUGUCAUUCACUUUUUUAUCUUAAUAGAUUUUAAUAUAUACAUCA